GGCUGGACUGGACAGGGAUUGAGUUACAGACAGGGAAUUGAUGCUGCACAGUGCGAGUGAAAUCAGUGAAGAUCUUUGCUUCAAGUCAAACGCUGCUGGGAACUUGCGCCGGUUGGGAGCCUGUUUCAAAAGAUGUCACAAGGCAACACUGUGUUUCAGCACAAAGCCACAAGGUGUGGCAAUGUGUGCAGCCAGGAGCAACCAAAAGAGAGAGUCCUGACAGUCUGAAGCCAUCGAUUUGUUUCUAAGUUGACAUGCACCCAAAGUAUUGAGACUUAAGUUACAUGAAAACAGUCUUUCCAAGUCACUCGAGGUAAACAUCAGCCCGGAUUGCUCGACUUAUUGUAAAGCUAGAAAUCUGCAGUGAAGAGCAGACAUUUGCAGCUCCAGCAUUUAAACAACAUCUUACAGCCCCCAUGGUGCCCACCAGUUGCGGAAGGCCUCAAGUGUGCCAAUGGAUACUACAUGCUCCAUCUCCAAGGACAUCCAGCUGUAGCCAUGGAAUAGGGGCAGACUUUUGGGCUGAAUGACGUCCCAUUGCCUGGAUCUAUUUAUGGCCAACUUGGUCCGGCCCAGGAGCAGACCUACAUGGAGGCCCUUCGCCACACCGGGUGACCAAAGAUCAGGAGCGUGGGGCUAAAGUGCAGCUAAAACGAUGGGUGAUCAAAGGCAUGGUCAAAGAGCCAGGAUUUAAGCAGCGUCUUAGAGGAGGAGAGUUGGAGAGGUUUAAGGAGAAAAUACUGGAGCUUGGGGUCUUGCCAGCUGAAGACACAACUCCAACAAUGGUGGAGCACAGAAAAUCGGGAUGUGCAGGAAGCCAGGAUUGGAAGAGGGCAGAGAUCAUGCGGAGGUGUAUGGUUAGAGGAGGCUGCAGAGAUAUGGAGGAGGCAUAGAUCAGCUGUACAGACAGUAAACUAUGGUGCAAAGGGAAGACCAUAUCAGGAAACCUUGGACGUGACUCCUGCCACAAUUCAUUGUGUGCUGAAACCGACUGUGGAUGCUGCUCAGCUCCGACCUGCUCCUGUACAAAACGCACACAGCGAGACAUGGGGAAUGAUAGCCAGAACCCCACAUGUCUUACCAAUGAUUCAUUCAAGUACACCCUGUACGGCUCUGUGUACAGUAUUGUGUUUAUCCUUGGGUUGCUGACAAACUGUACCUCCCUGUACUUCUUCAGCUGCAAAAUGAAGAUGCGAAAUGAAACUACAAUCUUUAUGACAAACCUCGCAGUCUCGGACCUCCUCUUUGUCUUUACGCUGCCCUUCAAAAUUUUUUACAACAUCAAUAGGCACUGGCCAUUUGGCGACGGGCUGUGCAAGGUUUCUGGAACAGCAUUCCUUACAAACAUAUACGGGAGCAUGCUGUUUCUCACCUGCAUCAGCGUCGACCGAUUCCUGGCCAUAGUUUACCCGUUCAGGUCUCGGAGCAUUAGGACAAGGAGGAACACCAGCAUAAUCUGCGCAGGGGUUUGGCUCCUGGUUCUCAGCGGGGGAAUCUCUGCAUCCCUGUUCUCCACCACUAACAACAGGGGGAAUAACUCCAGCACCACAUGCUUUGAAGGCUUCUCCAAAGAUACCUGGAAAACCUAUCUGUCCAAGAUCACUAUAUUCAUCGAAAUAGUUGGAUUUCUUAUUCCCUUGCUGUUGAAUCUGACCUGCUCCUCGUUAGUUCUGAGGACUCUGAGAAAACCAGAGACAUUGUCUCCAAUUGGAGCCAACAAAGGAAAGGUGCUCAAGAUGAUCAUUGUGCACUUGUCCAUUUUCAUAAUAUGUUUCGUACCCUACAACUCCAUUCUAUUUAUCUAUGCUCUUGUGCGCUCGCAAGCAAUUGCAAACUGCUCCUUGGAGAGGUUUGCCAAGACCAUGUAUCCAAUCACUUUGUGCCUGGCCACCACAAACUGCUGCCUUGAUCCCUUUGUUUAUUACUUUACGUCAGAGCAUUUUCAGAAGUAUUUCAACAUGAGACCCUGCACCAAGCUUGAUUCCGUUUUUAAAAGCGAAACACGCUUAACGGUCAAAGGGGAGGUACCGGCAGAUGGAGCUAUGGAUUCUGUAAAUAGAAAUGGAGCCAAUAUUCAGUUAGAAUCUCAGUUUUAAGCUUGUGUACCUGAAUGAUAGUAGAUUGACUUCAGGACUUUAAGACAACAACUGCUCCAUAACACAUGCUCUGUGAGGUAACGCUCCAGGAUUUCAGUAGGAAACUGCUGGUGAUGACAUUUGUUGCCUUGCCUUGAAUAGAAUGCAGUAACUUGCUAGAACCAAAACAGCCAUUGGUUGCACUCUGCUACAGAGGAAAGUUUCACCCUCCUGUACUCCGAGCAGGCACGAAUGCCACUAGUUUGGUUCGCUCACAAGCUUUCAUUGGCCGUAAUGAAGAGAAAUUCCCUUUUUUAAAUUCUGAAAUUCAAUUAAAACUGAGAACGUGUAAUCUCUCACUGUUUGCUGCAUUGCUGUUUUAUAAUUCCAUGAACUAGGCAUCUUUUCCGUCAUUCAGUUAAAAUGAAAUGUGGUAAAUUGAAUACUUACGAACUCUGCCACUUUUGCCUUUUGCAAUUCUGGCAUCUAACUUCUAACUCAAAUACCUUGCCAAGCCUUUCAAUUAAUUUCUGCUUUACAAUCAGCAGUAAUCUCUACAUGUAUUGAUUGUGACGUGAACCAUGCUAAGAAUAUCUGCUCUAACAUUCAAACUUAUGUUGAACUAGUACUUAUGAGCAUUGAUGACCAUCACACUUUUGACACACUGUCUGAUUUGGCAAAUAUUAAGGAUGUACUGAAACUAGAGGGCUUCAAACCUUGAGGGGGAAACAUAGCAGAAGUUCGAAAGAAGUUUCCAAGCCUCUAAGGCUUCAGUUAUUUUGGUGGGAUGUAUAGAAGACUAGAGUACAAAUGACUUAUAUAUCGAACCUGAAGCUUGAAAGAGCUACUAUUCUGUGUUGGUAGCAAAUCAUUCUGUUCAGAAGUAGAGCUGCUGUACUGUUUUAAGAAAAUGUUGCUUCAUUUGUUUAUGUGUGACUGCACUUAAUAUCAUGAAAAUAAAUUUGCAUUUCAGUGA